GUCAAAGAUGUGGUCAACUAUUUCGACACGUGUAUCCAUGACAUCGCCAAGAAGUUAAGCCUCUGCCGCUGAUCGAAUGCAACGCCUACGAAGAAUAUGUAAAUAUAGUCUGUUUGGCGUUUGGAUUUACGUAAUUUAUCGCAUUCUCCUUGAUACGCUCGACUUCCACGUGGAGCGUCGUCUCCAGCUGUACGUUGAGAGCGAACUAAUGAUAGCGUUUUCUCAAAUACCAAAGGUACUUUACCCCGUAAUUUCUUUUGUGGCUCAAUGCGACAUAAUUAUCAAUCGGAUUCUUGUUAGCGGUGGAAUGUCCUUCGUAAUUGUCGUCUACGUAUUCGUGAACCUGUUAAUGAAUGUGAAGUUCGAAAAGUGGGAUACCGAUAUGGCGGAGUGCGUCGAACGCUCAAGAUUGGAUAAAGCUUUUCCGCUGGCGCUUCGGGUAGGCGAGCUCAGAACGCGACACGCAAAGCUCUGUGAAGUCGUUCAACGUCUCGAUGGCAUAUUCUGCUCAUUGGCGUUUGUCUGGCACACAUCGAUCGUCGUUAGUGCAUGCAUGGAAGCCACAACCAUGAUUCAGAUGACUAAGCGUCGAUUUGAACUAUUUCGUUUCCUUGGAAGUAUGGUUAAUACGUGUUACGUGUGUUUCUCCCUCUUUUUGAUAACCGGUUCCGCAGCACUCCUCUGUGAAGCGCAUAGUAGUAGUCGCCAUGUUGUCAAUGCCAUUCAUAUCGCUGACCAAGGAUAUACGAGCAGGGCUCUCGUGCAUGAGGUCCGAUUUAUCCUAAGCCAGAUGUCGCAGCGCGUGGAAAUGACGGCCUGGCGUUUCUACAAGUUAGAUCGAAGCGCGAUCCUACAGACGUUUGGUGCCUGCGUUACUUAUGUGAGCCUCGUUAUACAGAGCGCGGAAGAUAUACUUGAUUAGUAGUAAAGCACAGAACGAGGCAAACUUUGUGAGACGAUAGCCUCAGAGCCGCAAAGCGUGCGCAGUAAUCAAUCUUAUCAUGGUAGCGAUUCAAUCGUCUGCCCGAUCCGAUAGUAACAAGACAGCCAACACUGGCAGUAAUGGUAGAGACUCGUCUCAGCGUCUGACGGUUUACGAUCCGGCAUUUCGAGUCAGACCAUUUCUUAGAGCCGUGUCAAACAUUAAACUAUCUUUCCUUGCUAAAGGGUGACGAGUGGUUUUUUUGUUAGGCCAGUGGCAAAGAAAUUUUGCCAGCUUAUUCGUCAUUGCGAUCAUUCGCAAUGACAAAUAAGCUCUGUUGAUACGAAAUAAAUACAGAUAUAUAUACAUCUGCAGGU